AUCUGUUAAUUUUGUAACUUUAUAAUUUUCAUUACCAAUUUCUACUUCUCCCAUGAAUGAAAAAAAUUAUCUUAAUACACCAAACUUAACACCAAGAGAUUAUGAUGGACCAGCGUCAUAUUCAGGAAUAAAUUUUACACAAUUUCAAAGCAUUACGCAAAAUAUUUUUUCAACAAACGAUAAACCACGAACAAGUAGUUUAGACUCAAAUAGUGGAACGAACAAUACUUCAAAGAGACUUGUUUGUAAUUUUUUAAAGCAACAUUCUUCUUAUGAUGUAUUACCUGUUAGUUAUAGAGUAAUUGUUUUGGAUACAAGUUUACUUGUUAAAAAAGCUCUUGCUGCUUUAAUGCAAAAUGGAGUCGUAUCGGCACCGUUAUGGGAUUCAACAAAUCAAAAAUUUGCUGGAAUGUUAACUGUAUCAGAUUUUAUAAAUUUAAUACAAUAUUAUAAACAUUCUUCUUAUUCCGCUGCUAUGGAAGAAAUUGAACAAUUUCAAAUUCAACAAUUAAGAGAUGUUGAAAGUCGCGUCGGGGCACCACCACCACAACUAUUGUCAAUACAUCCUCUCAAAUCAUUAUAUGAAGCAUGUAAAUUAUUAGUAGAAGCACGUGCACACCGAUUACCAUUAGUUGAUGUAGAUUCUGAAACCGGUCAAGAAAUGAUUGUAUCCGUAUUAACUCAAUACAGAAUAUUGAAAUUUAUUGCAAUGAAUUGUAUAGAUAUUAAAACGUUAAAAAAACCACUAUCGGAGAUUAAGAUUGGUGUUUAUGAAAAUAUUGCUACUGCACGAAUGUCUACACCUGUUAUUGAAAUUGUAAAUCUUCUUGUUGAACGUCGAAUAUCAUCAGUUCCUAUAAUUGACGAAGAUGAUAAGGUAUUAAAUGUAUAUGAUUCAGUUGAUGUAAUGACUUUGAUCCGAACUGGGUCAUACCGUGAGAUGGAUCUUCCAGUUGUCAAAGCAUUAUUACGUCGAUCCGAGGAUUUUCCUGGAGUUCAUACUUGUACAUUAAGUGAUACACUUCACUCAAUAUUCGAUUUAAUUAAAAAAGCUCAAGUACAUCGUUUGAUAGUUGUAGAUUCUGAAAACAGAUUACAAGGAAUUGUUUCUUUAUCUGAUAUUAUGCGCUAUUUAGUAACUUGAUAAUUAUUUUUUGAACUUAUACGAUAUUAACAAACAAUAUAUUUAUUUAUUUUAGCUUAUUACUGUAAUUUUACUUAUUUCUUUUUUCCACAUUCAAAAUCAAUUGUGUUGAAAGUAAUUUAUGAAAAAUUAUUUGAAGUAAAAAAUUUAUCGUGGAAUACUUUCGUAAAUACCAAUUUGAUCAGGCUAAAGAUUUUUAUUUCUAUUUCAUAUCA